UGGUCUAUCAUCAGUAAUUGCGCCAUAAACGCCAGUUCCUCCAGCCGUCAUGGUUCAGCUAGAACAACCAGAACAGACCCGAACGAUUUCCACCACAGACGCUCGUGAUGUGGCAAUCAUGGAACACUGCAUUGAGCUCUCCUACAAUUGCGAAGUGUCUCCUACUGCCUUCAGUGUCGGCUCCACCCUCUUCCUCCCUUCAUCUUCUUCACAGUUCCCCAUUCUCAAGUCCCGCUUCCCUUUGUUCUCCAAGAUAGACGGUGCCGAACCGCAAGGUCUCAUCCUGGCCGACGGAUGGUCUCGCCAGAUUGCAGGAAACACCCAUGCCGAAGCUAACGCUCUUACCAACUUCCGCAAGGUUUAUGGUGAACUUCUUGAGGGCACAGACUCUACCACGAGCGAUCUGCCACCCAUUGAGAAUGUGCUUGCGGAUGUCUCUUGUUAUGCGACAAUGGAGCCCUGCUCAGUGAGAACCUCUGGAGGCCCGAGCUGCGCUUUGGAACUGGUAAGAUCAAAAGUUAAUUCAGUGUACUUGGGUGUGGAAGAGCCACCAGACUUUGUUCAGUGCGAAGGUGUGCGUAUCCUGCAAGAUGGGAAUAUCGAAGUCAUCAGAGUAUCUGGACUCGAAGAAGAAUGUCUCAAGGCUGCCCGAAGGGGUAGGGAUUGAGUAAGUGGGUGUAUGUUAUUGGAUUGAUUGGAUUGGACCACGAAAUAUCUGCAUAUCAUGGAUUGCACCCUUUCUUAAACUUGGUUUCUCAAUGUCGAAUUGUUGAUAUGUCGGCCAAGGAUGGUUCCAUCUCCUAAUAAAGUCACAAAUGAACGUUCUAUUAAUAUUACCCAUGGUCAUGGAGGGCGGCCCAACAGGAUUGGAUCGUCCAUGGCUCCGUUUCAACUCCACCCUUCCGAUCUGGCUCGGAGGAUUACUACACAUGGCGAAAUGUUUGUGAAGUAUCUCAGCAACCAUGACAAGAUAAAGGUUCCAAGGUAAUUUUCUAUCUCCAGACGCUACUGUAUCAUUCCUAGCUGGGAUUUAUCUAUUACAAGCCUGUUUUGCUCUGUCUAUAGUAAUACUUGUUGCCUUAAGAAGAAAUCAAUCAGCCAUGCAUAUCUUCCAC